UCUUGAACUUGCCCAACUUUAUUGCACCUUACGCCAGAUCUAGAUAUGUCCCUACCUCCCUACCUCACCCUAAGACAGGUCCAUUUACGAAUAACACCUGCGAUUGAACUGGGUUGCUUUCCAUCUAUCCGAACUUUUAUAAUCAUUGUGGCAUCAUUCUACCAGACUUCAUUCGAUACUACCCGAGCACUGCAUUUACCAUGCUUUGAGCCUGGAUUAAGUCGCCAGCCUUUACCAGGGUCGCCGUACUCGGUGGGCCCAGCAGCUCUGCAAAACGUCACCGCUUCACUCAGUGAGCGCUGUAGGCUUUCAAGCAUUGUCCAAGCGAUUUUGACUCACCGCACAAAUUUGCUCUGUAGGUGCUGUGUCUCCCUGCACUCAAUCGUAACUCGGUAACCCCAUUCGACUUCCAAUCUGCAUCCACCCGUCAGAGAUGGGCUGAAAGACCGAGCCCGAAAAUAGUUUUAUUAUUUUUGAACGCUUUGCAUUUUCGAACUGCUAUCCUUCUCUCCCAACAAGUAUCCCUCAAUUUACGAUGUGCUGUGAAUCAUGACAUUGCGUGGUAGCGCCGCCUGGAAGCAGGUGGGUUCAAUUGCCCAGUUGCCUCUUGGCAAAUCGACAAACCAACAUAAAAACAAUCAUGCCGUCAGAAGCUUAUCGCAACAGCCAUGCAGCAGCGACCGCCUCAAGUCGCCAUGGCUGCUCUCAGUCCGUGGUGUGUCGGCAGAGGCGGAGGGUAUGAGGUCGCUCUAUGAGACUAUCAUGUCGGAAAGAGAUAAGAAAAUGGCAGAGAACAAGGAAUUGCUCCUGUCUGUCAUGGAAACCUCACCUACGAGGCGAGGGGCGAAGAAAUGGCUGAAGGACUUCGCGCCAGCCCUCGGCCGCAAAUGGCAGCCCAGAGGCAUCAGCACAGCUGGUCCUCUGCCCCAGGCUGACACUCGAGCCUUGGAAGACAACCUCCCUCAGGUUGCCAUUGUCAAGCUCAGGGAGCCCCAGUCCAUCGAUGAGACCACUCUCAAGGGUGUGGGCAGAACUCUUUGCCAGCUUCAAAUGUUGGGACUGCUGUCCAUUGUCGUUGUUGAUUGUGACCAGGACUUGGUCAAGGGAGAUGCGCUUUGGCCAGUGAUCAUGAAGCAGACUGAGCGUGCGCUGGCUGGAGCUACGAUUGCACCUCUAGCACGCCCACGUGUGAUGGACUAUGUUAUGGGCAUUCGGCCUGGAUCAGAGGGCGACCAAGCCUCAUCUCUCGCCGCUGGCGGUGUAUUCGUCUCCAGGGAAGAACCACUCAUUAGAGCAUUGAAGGACGACGCCAUCGUGGUGGUACCGACAUAUGCCGUCUCUACAGACACCUGUGCAGCCAGGACUGUUCAGGCAGACGAGGUCGUUGUUGCGCUUACCAGAUAUUAUUCUGGCUUGCAGUUUCCCAAUAAGUCAUCGGGUGGCCCGGCAGACACCUGUCAGCAGCCGACGGCCAAACCGAAAGCCGGUAUUCGAAAAGUCAUGAUUAUUGACCCUCUUGGCGGACCACCUGCAAACAACCGACCGGAAGGCGCACACGUGUUCCUCAAUAUGAUACAGGAAUAUGACACAGCAAUGAAGUACAUCAAGGAAGCGGACUACCCCGAGCUUAAAAUAGCGAGCAGCGCCAUAGGAUCGACUUCUGACACAUCUGCACACAUAAGAAAGAAGCAUGCAGAUAACUUGGAGCUCACGAAGCGUAUCGUGACGUUACUCCCAUCGUCUGCCUCAGUAGUCAUCACUACGCCCGAAGAGGCCGCAAAUCUACGGGGCGAGAAGGGUGAAGAGUCACACAACUUUGGAUUUCUGGCCCAGACAAGAACACGCAAGCCGAAGAAUGCGCUGAUACACAACUUGAUCACCGACCGACCGGCAUUCUCAUCAUCGCUGCCGACUACCAGGUUCGCUGCAAGCAAGCCACAGGCUGUCAAGACGGGGACCAUGGGUAACAUGGACUGGACCAGUAAACCUAUCGUCACCCAAUCGAGAACAACGCUCGCCAAGCGCGGGAUGCCCCUGACGAUACUCCCAGAUCCAUUCACCAGCCCUUGGACGCCAACAGCCCCAGGUCAGCCAAGGUUGCGACUGACGGAUAUAUGCGUUGACCUGCCGCGGCUCGUUCACCUCAUUGACGAUUCAUUCGACAGAAAGCUAGACGUGCAGGAUUAUCUCAACCGUGUAGAAGACAGUCUAGCGGGCAUCAUAAUUGUGGGCGAAUACGAAGGUGGUGCCAUCUUGACUUGGGAGGCACCCAAUCCUCACAACAUCCCGGCUGCCGAGGCAUAUGCGGAGGCGUAUAGGCAGGGCAGAUUAGUGCCGUACUUGGAUAAGUUUGCGGUGCUCAAGAGGGCACAGGGGGAGGGUGGAAUUGCCGACAUCGUCUUCAAUGCCAUGAUCCGCACUUGCUUUCCCAAGGGAGUCUGUUGGCGGAGUCGUAAGGAUAAUCCAGUGAACAAAUGGUAUGCUGAGCGGUCGAGAGGAUUUAGGAAGCUGGACGAUUCCAACUGGAGUAUGUUUUGGACAACCGAAUGGGACGAUCAUAGCAAUGCCGACUAUGAGGACGUCUGUCGCAAGAUACAGCCAUCUUGGGCAGAUAACAAGCAGAUAGUAGACUAAACAUUAAAUGGAGAAUAGGGCUGGUUGGAUUUAUCCGAAGAGAGUGAUCUGAAGGACUUGCAAGGUUAGCUGUGUGAGCAAUAUGUGGAGGUGCACUUGGAGGAUUUAGUACCUCACCAUUUCUUUGUUUAGCAGAGUCGGCGAUCGUUAGGUGCCAAUAGUCUCUCACUUUUGGAUUGACC